ACAGUCGUGAAAUGGUCGAGUUAAGUGGAUGUUAUCCAUAUAAUUGUAAGGUGUUGUCAGUAAAGAGCGUAAUUUUGUGUGACAAGAAGAUGAAGAUUUAGUACAAUGGGGAAUCAGUUGGUUGGUAUAGCUCCUUCUCAGAUUUUUCCCGUGGAACAUUACUUGACAGAUCAUGCGGAUUUACAAUUUGACGUAAAUCUAGGCAGUACACGGUUCCUCAAAGUAGCAAGAGCUCGUACACAGGAGGGUCUGAUCGUGGUGAAGGUAUUUGCUAUUCAUGACCCAACCCUACCGCUAGCAGCACACAAAGAGAAAAUUGAAGAAAUCCGCAACAAGCUUGCACCAGCAGUCAAUUGCCUACCCUUUCAAAGAACCCUGCUUACCGAGAAAGCAGGGUUUAUUAUGCGUGAAUAUGUCAAGUAUAGUUUAUAUGAUCGCAUCAGUACACGUCCAUUCUUAACUGACAUCGAGAAGAGAUGGAUUGCAUUUCAAGUCUUAUAUGCUCUGCAUCAGUGCCACAAAGUGGGGGUGUGUCAUGGGGACAUCAAGCUUGAGAACAUCCUCAUCACAUCAUGGAACUGGGUGCUUCUAGCAGACUUUGCAUCUUUCAAGCCCACAUAUUUGCCUGAGGACAACCCAGGAGACUACUCAUACUUUUUUGAUGCGUCAAGAAGACGGACAUGCUACAUUGCUCCAGAGAGAUUUAUACAGACGCUGAAUCCAGAUGGUUCCAGUCAAGUCUUACUGCCAGAAGAGAGUCUCCGCAAGGGAGACCUUACCCCAGCCAUGGACAUCUUCUCAGCUGGCUGUGCACUGACUGAGCUGUUCAAUGAGGUGCAUGAUGCCCCAUUUGACCUUUCAGAGCUUUUAGCAUACUGUUCUAGUGAGGACAAUGACUUUAAGCAUCUCGACAAUUUGGAAGAUCCAGAUAUAAGGGAACUCAUUCGCAGCAUGUCUGAACGGAAUCCAGCUCGCAGACAGUCCGCUGAAGUUUAUCUUGCCCAAGAACGUAAUAGAGUUUUCCCUGAGUAUUUCUACUCAUUUCUACAGCCCUACAUGCUCAUCUUCUCUGCUGCUCCCAUACUUUCUCCAGAUGAGAAGAUUUCCAGGCUGAGGAAGGAUAUGCAGAACAUUAUCAAGAUACUCAGAACUGAUAUUGGUGAGGAGAAGGGGAGUGUCGAGAGUGGUGAUGGAGACUGGAAGGAAAGGGAAGAAGACGGUGGUGACAGUGAGAAUUCAGAAGCUGAUGGACUGGUCAUCAUUACUGCUUUGGUUACAUCCUGUAUAAGAGGUUUACAUCAUUGCACAUCCAAACUACACUGCCUGGAUAUGUUGCUUGAACUGGCAGUCCAUACGUCCUCUGAGACAAUCUUGGAUCGCAUACUUCCCUAUGUUAUUCACCUGGUUCGUGAUCCAUUCCCUCGUGUCCGUGUGAGAGCAAUACAUACAGUCACCAAUUGCUUGGAACUUGUGAAGUCUGUUCCUUGCAGUGAUGCCAACAUUUUUCCUGAGUAUGUGUUACCUGGUCUUGCAGCGGUGAGUGAAGAUGCAAAANUGGUUGUCCGGGCAGCAUAUGCGGAGAAUAUUGCCCGAUUGGCCAAGACAGCAAUGCGGUACCUAGACCAGUGCCAUCCCAAGAUGCAAGUCACGGAUAAUGGGGGAGGAGCCGCUCCAAGCUAUGAGUCAGAAUUGCAGACAUUGCAUGAGAUGAUACAGCAUGCAGUUGCUAUGCUCCUUACUGAUCCCUGCAACCUGGUGAAACAGACACUCAUGGAAAACGGAAUUACAGAGCUAUGUGUUUUCUUCGGCAAACAGAAAGCUAAUGAUGUGUUGUUGUCACAUAUGAUCACAUUCCUUAAUGAUAAGGAGGACAAACAGCUGAGAGCUUCAUUCUUCAAGUGUAUCAUUGGAGUAACAGCAUAUGUAGGUUGGCAUUCUUCACCAAUACUAACACCUCUGCUGCAGCAGGGCCUUACAGAUCCGGAGGAGUUUGUGAUUGUGAAAGUGAUAGAAGUGAUGACAUCCCUCACUGAGUCUGGGCUCCUACAGAAGUCAAGUUUGUAUGAUUUUCUGAGUGAUGUGGCGUGCUACCUAGUUCAUCCAGACUUAUGGAUACGACAGGCUGUGGUUGGCUUCGUGAGCUCGAUGGCACGUGUGUUGGACAUAGUAGAUGUGCAGUGCAAGGUGAUGGUGGCAAUACAGCCAUACCUAUGUCACCAGGUGAUUCAGGCUGAAAGGGAAGAAAUACUUCUCAAUGCUCUUGUACAACCAAUACCUCGAGUGGUGUUUGACAGUAUAAUACGGUGCUCUGAUGUUGAAUCUCUUCUGGAAACACUGGAAGAACGUCAGCGGGCUCGUGGAUUAGUGAAUGCAGGGCAUGUACCUCAGAAUGUCGAGCCCCAUCCAGCACUGAAAAAUCUAUUCCGUCGUUUGAGCUCUGAGGGCAUGACAGAUAUAGUGGAGGACCAGUUGUUGUCCAUGUCCCGGCAUCUUAGGAAAAUACAGCGUCAUCGUAUUGGUUCAGAUACAAAUAAGACUGCCAGUAGGAUGUUGGAUGGCAAGAUUGACUUGCUUAGUUUGAAAGUUCCAGUACCUUGCCAUUCCAUCCUUCUGCAGCCCCUCACUAAGCCAGACAACAUGGCUGCUUUAAUUCAAGCCAGGAAGUGUCAGAGGACAAAACGUUCAGUAACGAGUAGCGAGUCUCACCUUACUACAAUGAACGAAGAAUGGCAGCACAUGUUUGGUGGGACUCCGGAAUCACAUAGUCAGCAUCGACUCUCUGACGCUGGCAGUGCGUCUCCUCCUGGUGGCAUUAAUGCAGCAAGUGAUAUUCACUCUUCACCACAACACAGCAUAGACACCGAUCAUAUAAGCUUGCAUGAACGUUCUUACAUUCAGUAUCGGUGUGCACCAUGCCGGUUGGAACUAAGGCAGCUAGUUUACCGGAAGCAGGAGCUGCACACAGUGGCAGUAAGGAGCAGAGAGUGGGCAGAACAAGUAGUUUGGAGACCACCACUGCCCCCACCCAACUGGAGGCUACGAGGUUCAUUAGUAGCUCAUUUGCAUGAGCACAGAGGAGCUAUCAGUAGGUUGGUGGCCAUUCCAGACACCCCACUGUUUGCCAGUAGUGCAAGUGAUGGGUGUAUUAGAGUGUGGGACUGUGGAAAGAUGGAGGGCCGCAAUAUUGCAAAUCGCUCUCGUCAAGUGUAUAACCGUCGAGCUGGUCCACUAGUGGGGCUGGCAGUAUGUGAGAACAAUCAGUCAUUAGCAUCAGCUUCAUACAGUGGUUCUGUUUUUGUACUAAGGAUUGAGGCAAAUAGUAACAAAAUGUCAGCGCUGCAGUCCCGUCAGCUUGACCUACAAGAAGAUGGCUGUGCAGUUGAUAUAAACUACUUUGACUCAGGAGCUCAGUCAGUAUUAGUGUAUGCAACCAUGUAUGGGUCAAUAGUGGGAUGGGACUUGCGGGCACCCGGCACGGCAUGGAAACUUGAAAAUGACCUGAAGCGAGGUGUGAUUACAUCAUUCUGUCUGGACCCACAUCAAAGUUGGCUGGCAGUUGGAACUAGCAGUGGCUUCCACAUCUGCUGGGACUUGCGCUUCCAGCUGCCUAUAUCAACAAUUGACCACCCAAUUCCAGGCACUCGGAUAAGACGCCUGAUAUGCCACCCAACAGAACAGUCAUGCGUCAUGUCUGCUGUGCAAGGGAACAAUGAGAUAUCUGUUUGGAACCUGGAGACUCACUUCAGACAGACUGUCUUAUGGGCAAGCAGUGCCCCCCCUCUCACACACACAAUGGCAAACAGUCACAGUGUGUGUGCAAUGUAUGCAAGCACUACAGACCGAUCUCCCUUCGUUCUAACUGGGGGUACAGACAUGCGCUUGCGUUACUGGGACCUGGACUCUCCGGCAGAUUCAUACCUUGCAAUUCCAGCAGUUAACGAUUCACCGAGUUCCACAUCAGUAGCUUACAAGCCACGCCUGAUAGAUGGCACCAAUGUCAUAUUGGAGGUGCCUGUAAAGCCUCGUGGAGGUCAAGGAAGUAGCAUUCGAGGAGGGGAAGAGAGUCCUAGACCGGGUCCUGAUCAGCCACAGGCAGGGCACCAUGACUGGAUCAGUGAGAUUGCAAUGUGCCAAGCAUCACAGUGCUUUCUACUGUCUGGGUCACGAGAUGGGGUCAUCAAGGUCUGGAAGUGAAAUUACAGGGUGCUUGGAUGCCGUUAACAGUGACAACUGUGAUAUCUUAUAUAUUACAUUAAAACUAUGCAACACGCAUAUAUUUCAGUCCAAUACAACAGAAUCCACUUACAGAUUAUUUUACAGCCAAAAACUUUGGCACUAGAAGCAACUUCAUUAUGUGGGAACAGUGCAUUCACUGGGAUGAUGCAAUGAAGAAACAGUAGUAGUAGACAGGACUCCUAGUUCACUGCCCUCACUUUAGCUUCAGGGCAUGUGCAGAUGCUAGCAGUUACUGUUACAGAAAUAUGAUGUGGGGAUUCUAACUGCAGUGUUAACAUGCAGUAUAUUACAAUGCCUAUUCAAACUAAUGGCCCAUUUGGUAUGAGACUAGCCUACAAGCUAUAAGACUACAGAAUCAGACUUCAGUUCUGACAGGGUCUAGAGAUUUUUGUUUUUCAUGGUGUCCAAACUGGCUCUUAAUGCCCAUUCAACCUAUCUUACGGGUAUUAAAGUCUUUCUCCAGGGGUGAAGUGGCUGGGGCAUUAAGCUGAUCACUUACCUCCAUCUAAUGCCAAGGUUAAGAAUGCAGAGAACUAUACCUUGACUCCCCAUACAACUUUAUGGCUUGGUGCGUAAUUAGGCACAGUAAUAACUUCACCUUUAUUCACAUUGCUUAGUUUCUCCAAUGCUGCAUUUCAUUACAUGUGGAUUAGAUGGAUUAGUUUACAACAAUAUCUGUGAACCAAGUCACAGCAAUUCGGGCAUUUUAUAUAGCUAUAUAAGUUCUAAUGCCGGGUACAUACUGAAUGAACCUGUGUGUUGGAUGCAAGACAUAUCAGAAUAAUAACAUUGAAAUACUUCAGCUUGAAAAAUUCUGUGCUUUGAGAUCUUGAAUUGGAUGUGUUGCAUAACCAGAUAUCCUAAAACCCUCUACAUCAGUGCUGUCCAACGUCCUUAUGUACUCGGGCACAAUUCACUGAUGCCUGUGAAGGUGCGGGUGCCACCACACACU